GCCCUGCCCCGGUUAAGGGGAGAAUCUAAAGCGCGGUACUUUCUUUUCAAUUCUUUGCUUGAGCGCUGCCUUGGUGGUCGGCGCCUCACUCUCCCGUCUAGACUGUUUUUCUUCUUUGCUAAGAUGUCGUCGACGGCAGACAUCGUGAAGAACCGAUUUCUAGGGUUGUUGAUAUGGCAAUCAAUUCACUCAACUGUCAUCUUCGUCCUCGUCCGAACCUUGUUGCUGGCGCCGUUCGUCUCCAGAAGCUCUUUCUUUCCCUCUCUCGAAGCCUGUCUCUCUUUCAUCGUUUUUCACCUAUCCCUCCUCCUGUUCUCAGUCUCCGUCUUCCUCUCCGCGUCUCCGCAGGCCUGUCGCCCUGCCUCGCUCUUUGACCUUGCUCUCGCCCUACUUCGAUUCCUCUUUGUACCUUCUGCCGCUGCCCCUGCGGCCGAUUUUUGCCGCCGCGCCAAAAUUUCUCUCAGCUUGUUGCUUUUGGUAGCCGUGUCAGCUAUGUCAGGAUUCCUAUCACUGGUUUCGUUGUGUGGCUGGCUCAACUCGGACUAUGUUUUUGGUGGAGCGGUAGGGUUGAGAGGACUUGCUCAUGGAAUCAUGUACGGAUUAUAUUACGUUUUUAAGCACCGAUGGGUUUUAAAUUAUCCCAUAAUUCAGCGUCCCAUUUUCUUCAGCUUCAAGGUGGGCUUCCCUGGAGCUGUUCGACAAGCAUUAAAGCUAUCGAGUGCAUCUUACCUGAUUUCUGCAUUUCUGGUGGUAUUCCUCACUGAUCGACAUAAGGGUUAUUCCACAAUUGGAAAAUUUAUUGGGGAGCAGAUCAUCUUCUACAUUGGAAGUUUUGUAGUAUUCCUUUGUUUCGAACUGAGUCACCAUCUACAUCAGGUGUUGCUGACAAAGAGGUUCAUAUUUGCACCACCUAAAGGAUCGGCUGCUGCAGAAACAAAUCCUAGUGAACAUCUCCUUGCAGCUUUAGAGGAGAGCACCCCGAGAUCUCUUUUACAUUAUCUUGCAUAUCUUGAUUUGUGUAUGGUUUGUGAGAGAAAUGUUGAUACCUGGCGCCGAGCUGCUUUUUUUGAAGAAACAGCUGAAACUUACAAGAGAGUCGUGGCUGCAUGUGUUAGGCCUCUGGAACAGUUCGUGUUGAAGCUGGGUGAGGGUUUGGAAAGUUGUUCUGUUGACAAUACAUGGCAGUUGUCCAAUCAGUUAGGACCACCGACUGAUUCAUGUAUUGAAUCAAAAUUUUAUGAGCUCUUUAAUGACUCUCAGCUAUUCGCAUGGUGUGCACGGGCUGUUGCAUCGUUGACUGCUCAUUCACACAGGGAGGACAGGUGUGGGGUCGCUCAACUUUCCGGCAGCAAUGCUGUAGUUAUCUCAACCCUUCUGUCCUGCCUGCUGGCUGUCGAAACAUUAAUGGGGAAGAAGACAAACUUGCAAUCCCAUCAGCUAACAGGACCAGCUGGUAUUCGGUGGGCAACGCUGAACACAGGAAGGAAAGACGCGACGACUGCCAUUAUGGGUAAAAAGAGAGGUGGUCCGUUGCACGUGAAGGCUUAUGCCCUGGCAGAUGUUAUGAGGACGACAGUCUAUUGCAUUGUCUCUGCUUUCCAUGGCGAGAUGCUAAGAAAUGACAAAGCUAGACUUCUGGAGGAUUGGAUCGUUUCCAGCAAGCCUCUAUAUGGGACUCGUGAACUCCUCUUACAUAAAUUACGUCUGUUCCUUGAUUUCCAAGCUUGCUAGCAGCACGUGAGCUUCUUUCGCCAGCCUCAUUCACUCUCUCCAUUGCUCUUAAGCAGUUACCAGCCUUACAAGAGAUCCUUGUUAUGGAAUGUUGGGCGCCUAGGAGUUGUGUGGAACGUGGUGAACGUCUUCCAGUUUUGUACGUUGGGAACAUUUGAGCAGAGAGAAUCCCACAUGAUACGUUGUUGCGUGAUGUUUUAUAGAAACUGGCUAGGCUGUUGCAUGUCAUCUUUCACAGCUUUCUGUAAAUUUGGAUAAAAUAAGUGCAUUUUUGUUUAAUCAACGAUUUUGUUCA